AUGCGUCUCCCUUACGUCGCCGAUCCUCCCCCGGUUCAAACCGAGCAAGACGCCGCCAUCGUGCAGCGCAUCCGAGACCGUCGAGCCCCUCGCCCUCUCCAGGCCCUGGACCUGACCCUCCUGCACUCGCCCCCCGUAGCAGACGGCUGGAACUCGUUCCUCGGCGCCGUCCGCACCAAGACCUCUCUCAGCGACGACGUGCGCGAGCUGGCCAUUUCGCGCGUUGCCGUGUGCAACAAGGCGUGGUAUGAAUGGGGCCACCACGCGCCGCUGGCCGUCCAGGGCGGCGUGAGCGAGGACGCCUUGGAAGCUAUCAAGAGUGACUCGUUGGGGGAGAGGCCGGAGGGGCUGUUGAGCGAGAAGCAGUGGGCGACGCUGGUGUAUGCGGAUGAGAUGACCAAGAAUGUGCAAGUCUCGGACGAGACGUUUGCGGCGUUGAAGAAGCACUUUAACGACCAGGAGGUUGUAGAGAUAACGGCGACGGUCGCUGCCUACAACUGCGUGAGCAGAUUCUUGGUCGCUCUGGAUGUGGGCGAGAAGAAUGGUACAGGCCCGGAUGCUGUUUUAUCUGCUCAUUGA